UAUAUCAUUAGUGACUUCAGAUUAAACGUUAGAUAUUAUUUGACCUUAGGUUAAGUUCGGCAUUUGCGCGGCGACUCAGACUGUAUCGGGGAUUAAAUGCGCAGUGAAGAAAUAUAAAUAAGUCUUGUCGAAUCUUGUCGGGUCUUACGAAUGUUAUCGAGAUUACGCGACACAGAUUUGAUUUCAAAUAUCAAAUGUGACGAUAUAAAUAUAGCCACAUUGUAUCGAAUACUGUUGAAGAUACUUUCGUUUGGUUCAAUAUUGUCGUUGUUGUGGACAUUUAUUGCAUAAAGCGUGCGCCUCCGCGACAUCUAAUUGCAUCAAGUGAAUUAGGUCCAAAGGAUGAAAGAGCUGCACAAUUUAGGCUCUCUUUCUCUCUUUCGGAUUGAAAUCAAGAAUAAUAAUAUUCCAUUUGUCCGUCGCGUUUGCUUAUUCAAUGGCUAAAAGAAAGAAAACUGUACCUCCCUUGGACGUGGAAUCGAAUAAGGAUCAUUCCAUCAGCGCAAAGUUAGCUGAUCACGAGCGGAGACGAAAGCUGCUGAGCCAGAUCGCUCUGCUGAGAACGUACGUCUCCGCGUUGGAGAGCAGGCUCGAAACCCCGAAGUUCGGACAAUUGCAAUUGCCGACAGACGCGUCGCGCGACGGCGAAACCGCGGCACGUUGCAAUGUGUUGGACAUACGGACGAAAUUGCGCUACGAUUUGUACCGGUUCACGGGGGUACGGUGCACAAAGUGCGAAGGUAGCUUCGUCUUCGAGGUGUCCGGUGCAGACAGCGUCACCGGGGCCGAGCCGUACGCGGUGGAGAUUCUAAUGGACAGUCACGGGUGCGGAAAACUGGGGAAGUGGGUACUUCCCAUGUCCAUCGACGUGCAAGGGAUAUUAUCGCGGCAUCCGAUCGAAGAUCUGAAUAACGUGAGGCAGUUCUUGAAGAGCUGCAAGCAUCACGUGGACUGCUACAUCUGUCGCGCGAAACAGCUGGAGGAACUGCGGAAUUUUCUCGCCGACGUUAAAAACGCUCGCGUGUCUCAGAUCGUCGGAAUCAGUCAGAUCGAGCUGGUAAUGUCAGGAGUGAAAGACAUCGAGAACGAUGCGAUUUGUAACGUUAUAUUGUACUUGUGUUAUAAUUCUGCCGAAGUGAGACCCUACAAACUGCUCUUGGAUACAGACGAUAGCAAAGAACCGUCGGCGAGUCUGCUCAAAAGAUUGAACAAGCAUUUUAAGCCUUUUUUGAAAAACGACCUGAGUUCCGCAUUCAAGUGGGUUAAUGAAUCACAAACUGAAUUUCUUUGGGAGCCGAUCACGUCGGACGUGAAAGAGAUCUCCGACGAGUCAUUCGAAGCCACAGGAUUCUUGUCUACUUAUCUCCACCGAGGCAACAAAAAGCAAAAAGCGAGCAAGAAUAAAGAACAAGAUAAAGAGAUCAUGCGCGCUGCGCAUGAUAAUGAGAUGGAAAGUUCACUUCGCGUCGAAGGUGAAGAGCGCAAAAAUAGUGACGUCAAAGAGAAUAAAAAGCGGGAUUUUAUGGACAGUAAGAAAAUCGAUUUAUGUAAGCAAGAACAAUUUACAAGAAGAAAGACAUUAUUUGAUGCAAAAGAGCCGUCAGACGACUCGAAGCAGUUUGAGAAAGAAGUCUUGAACGUAGAAAAGAGGAGCGAUCGGUACGUUACGGAUGAGAACAAUAAGUCUGAAGCGAAAGUUACGAGCGCAGCGAGUCGCAUUCAGCGCCGUAAGAAAUCGAAGAAACAUCAAACAGACGUUAAUAACGGCAAGAAAAAGGUUUCUGUACGGAAUCGAAAACUGCUUGAAAAAUCCAACGACUCGGGUCAUGAGGACUCACGAGAUCCGCGAGCAGCACGAAAACGAAGAAAAACAAUUACACGAGAAGAUAAAAGAGACAAAGAGAACUGUGCGAUUUUAGAUACAAACAAACAGAUUCAAAAAGAGCAGAUGAACUUGAGCAACAGCACUCCUACCUCGAAGAAAUUACCCGACAAACGGAAGUUCUUUCAUGCUAGUCGUAUCAGUGAAAUUUGUCGUCAUAUUAGUGAAUCAGAAAUUAAAACGGAAGAAUGUAGUAAAUAAUAAUAUGAUAAUAAUAUAGAAAUGAUAUAAAAAUAAUAUAAUAGUAGAAUGUUUACUUAAGAAAAAUAAUCGCGAAGGGGAUAUGUGGCUCAAUGAAUUUGUAAUCAUUAAGAUUUAAUUAAUAAAAGAA